AUGGCCGAGCUGGCCGCGAUCGGCCUCGCAAGCAAUAUCCUUCAAUUCCUAGAACUUGGAAUAAAACUCUAUUCCAAGGGCCGGGCAAAGUACCAGUCGGUUUCAGGAAUUAGUGAAGAGGACGAGGAGCUCAUUACAGACACACAGCGCGUUCGGUCUCUAGCGCGCCUCAUACACGAAGGGAAUUCCAUUCCAGACAAGCAGCUCAUUGAGGUUCAUUUGUACGAAAUCGCCAGGUCUUGUGAUGUUGUCGCCACCGCUCUCAUCGACACUCUUGACGAACUAGGCGUCGGAACGGGGCGCAACCGUCGAUGGGAAAGUUUCCGCAAAGCACUCCGUCAAGAGUUCAAGAAAACAGAGAUUGAGAAAAGGGAAGGACGACUGAGAAAUUUGAGGGAAAAUCUCAUUCUUCAUCUUGUCACCACUUCUAGCAACCGACAAUCUGUCACCCUGACAGUGGUGCAGAAUCUUAAAAGCCAGAAUGAAAAAUUGGAGGCCAAAACCAUGACCAAGCUAGAGUCUAUCCAAUCGCUAUUGCAAAAUACUCAGGCAUCCGAUGCAAACAGAUCUGUCGAGAUCAUCUCACACCUUGAUCAGUUGGCAGCCGAAGUACGCAGCGUCCAGAGACAACAAAAGAUUCUGUCAAGUCUGCUAUUCUCGAAGAUCAAACAGAGGCACAUCGCUAUUCAAGAGCAUCACAAAGCUACGUUCCAUUGGAUCUUUACUGCCAACAAGACACGGUUCUGCGAGUGGUUGGAACACGGCGAUGGCUUCUUCUGGAUUAGUGGAAAAGCUGGAAGCGGCAAAUCAACUCUCAUGAAAUUCCUUGCCACUCACAACGACACUCAGGCUAAACUUCAAACCUGGGGUGGGCCACGGCGGGUUGUCAUGGCUAGUCAUUUUUUCUGGAGCGCUGGAAACGCAAUGCAAAAGUCACUCACAGGACUCUUGCAAACCCUGCUCUAUCAGGUUCUAAAAGAGUGCCCCGAACUGAUUGAAGUCGUCUGUGAUUCUCGCUGGAAAACCUUUGAGUCUACACAUUCCGACCCUUGGGACGAUGCGGAACUGCUUUCGGCCUUCAACGAACUUUCCCAUCAGAAUCUGUCUUCGCUCAAGUUUUGCUUCUUCAUUGAUGGGCUCGAUGAGUAUACCGCAGGGGCGAAGCGCUACCAUGGCACGUUCAGCGAGCUGAUCGAAGUCUUGAAAGCAAUCAGUUCUUCUGACUCGAUCAAGAUUUGUAUAUCUAGUCGGCCCUGGAAUGCCUUUAACGAUUCGUUUGGCCAGGGAAACUGGAAUCUUCAGCUCGAAAGUGUUACCAAAGAGGAUAUCAGACGAUACGUGCAAGAUGAACUAACUAGCGACCCACACUUUCAACAUCUGGCACUGAGGGACAGUCGAUGUACUCAAAUUCCAGACACCAUCGUCACACGAGCUCAAGGAGUGUUUCUUUGGGUCUAUCUCGUUGUUCUCUCGCUCAAAAGGGGUCUCUCUGAUGAGGACAACUACUCGGAUCUUCAGCAAAGGCUGAACCAGCUCCCAGACGACCUUGAGGAAUACUUCAGACACAUGCUGCAAUCCAUCGAAACAGUAUACUGGGAUCAAACCACGAGGAUCUUCAGAGUCGCCAUCGAAGCUGAGCAAUCUCUACCCCUUCUCGGCUUCGAAUUCUUGGAACAGGAAAUGGUCGAUCCUGGAUACGCGAUCAGAAUGGAGACGCGACCGCUAUCAGCAAAAGCGAUCGCGAUCAUUUGGCAGAGAUUGAAGAAACGUCUCAAUGCUCGUUGUCGGGACUUGCUAUAUGUCCAUGAUGAAGCCGGGGAAGUGGGGCUACUCAGUUUCCAAGUCGACUUUUUGCAUCGAACCGUCAGGGAUUUCUUCCUGGAUACCAACGUCAUCGACGAAAUUUUCAGGCAAAGACCUACUCGCCAAUUCAAUCCACAUUUGUCUCUCUGCAAGAUGAUGCUAGCACUAAGCAAGACUCUUGAUGUCAACAACACCCAUUCUGAAGUCUUCAACCACAUAUUCAUUCUUGCGGACAGCUUAAUGUAUUAUGCUUGGCAAAUCGAGAAGAACUGCCUACAGUCUUCACAGGAUGGAGAGAAUCAACAAGAUCAAUCUCGCCCUACCGAAGCUUUCAACAUCCUAGAUGAGCUAGACAGGUCGAACUCGGAACUGUUGAAGCAGUUCGGCUUCCACUGGACGAAUUUGAAGGAUUCACCAAAAGGAAUGUUCCAAGAGUAUGGAAAAAAGACAUUCCUUGCCAGCGCCAUACAAAGCAGGUUGUUCAUGUAUGUCGAAGAGCGGCUUCGUCAAAAUUUGACACAGCUCCGACAAAAGCGCGGCCGCCCUCUACUUGAUUACGCACUUCGCCCGACUAUGGUUACCCCACUGAGAGUUCUCAGUCUAGAAGAAGGCCCCGAAUUACGCAUUGUGAAACUGCUGUUGGAUUUCAAGGCAGACCCGAAUCACAGUGUCUAUGUCUAUGACGGGAAGACUGCCUGGGAGCUCUUCUUGGAGGCUUGUUUCCAACAUGCGGGAAGUGGACUUGACAUUGAUAACAAUAUCGAGGACAUCGGGGCAACCAUUCAGCUGAUGAUAUCACAUGGGGCAAAGACGCCCUGCUCUCUUAAGCUUGAUGACGGUACAGUUGUCGACAUUACGGAUAUCGUAGACAGACUCGGCUUGUCAACAUAUCAGACGGGACAAAUCAAACAGCUCAUCGAGAAGAAUGGAAGUAAACAAUCUGUACUUUCGUGGAUCACUUCAUGGGUUUCUUAG